CCCUCCAUCCGCCAUCUUUCCGCGUCCGGGAGUGGAGAGCCCCACAUCAACAGGGCGAAGGAGCUCGACAGGAGCGCGCUGUUGCAGGGUGCCUGCCACUCUCCAGUGCAACGUGUCCGGGUGGGCGACGCCGUGGCGCUGUGAAAGGCGCACUGAGCGCGUUGGCGUGUGAGUCCGUGUGAGAAGCAGACGGGGGAAGGGAAGAAGGAAGGCAGGCCGCCAUUUUCGGCCCGAAUCUCGGAGGCCGCACACAUACUCCGACACGCAUACCCUACCCGCACACGGAGCGACAGACGGGCUGACGGACAGAGUUAAGGGGCUGGAGACAUGGAGAAGGACACCCGGAUCUAGAGCUCUCCUCUGGCUUGGAACCGCCGGAGACGCGCUUCUGGGAGAGGCGGCAAAGAGGAAGCGCAUCGAUUUGCCUGUGUCGACACACUCAUUGUGACGGCACUCGGUGGUCCAGGGCCAGGCAUCGUCGAGGACUGACUGGUAGACUGGCUCUCGAGUGUCGUGCUUGUUUAAAAAAAUAAAACAGUAACAAAAAAAACUAUGCCGCGCGGCAGUGGGCUCGCGCUAGUCGCGUCCCGCUUGUGACACGCGCUCGGCCUCACGCGACACGCUAGUAUGCGCGGUCAAACCGGCGUUCCGCUCUUGGUUCCCCCCGCUCGGUUCGCUCGGUCCGAGCGCUAGCUAGCGGUUCUCGCGCUACACGAUCAGCCGUGUGUUUAGCCGUAGGGCGAAGAUAAUCGCUUGUUCAAAGACUCGUCGUGCCUGGAGGAAGCCGAAGGUCUCGAUCAUUAUUAUAGACCAGCGCUGGUUGAAGAUCAGAGAUCGUUUGGCUGAAGACCUCAGAUUAAAGAUUAGAGGUCAGUCAGUUUUACAAGUCAAGACCCACCUCCUUCAGACUCCAGACUUCAGCCAUGUCGACCGCACGGUUCGACUCCUCCGACCGGUCCAGCUGGUACUUCGGACCUGUGUCGCGGCAAGAGGCGCAGACCCGGCUCCAGGGACAGAGACAUGGCACGUUCCUGGUGCGCGACUCGUCCACGUGCCCUGGGGACUACGUGCUGUCGGUGUCAGAGAACUCCAAGGUGUCCCACUACAUCAUCAACUCACUGCCGAGCAAGCGCUUCAAGAUCGGUGACCAGGAGUUCGACAACCUGCCUGCGCUGCUCGAGUUCUACAAGAUUCACUACCUGGACACGACCACGCUCAUAGAGCCAGCUUCCAGGUACCCCACCACAGGGACGGGCCCCGUCCCUGUGCCUGCCGGCUCCGAGGACAAUGUGGAGUAUGUGCGCACGCUAUACGACUUCACAGGCAGCGAUGCCGAGGACCUGCCCUUCAAGAAGGGCGAAGUGCUUGUGAUCCUGGACAAGCCAGAGGAGCAGUGGUGGAGCGCCCGCAACAAGGAAGGCCGUGUGGGCAUGAUCCCUGUACCCUACGUGGAGAAGCUUCUGCGCUCCGGCAUCCCUGGCCACCCACAGGCGCUCCACGGCAGCCGCAACUCUCACAGCUAUGGUGUCCCUGAGCCAGCACAUGCCUAUGCCCAGCCCCAGACGCCGUCGCCCCUGCCAACCGGCCCCGGCCCCCUGCCUUCCACACAGAACGGCCCCAUCAUGGCCAAGGCCAUCCAGAAGAGGGUGCCGUGUGCGUACGACAAAACAGCCCUGGCGCUUGAGGUGGGGGACAUCGUCAAAGUGACGCGAAUGAACAUCAGCGGCCAGUGGGAGGGCGAGGUCAAUGGGCGCAGGGGCCUUUUCCCCUUCACCCACGUCAAAAUUCUGGACCCCCAGAACCCGGAUGAGAGCGAGUGAAAAUGCUUCGACUGUCUGCCUCCGCACCACCCUCCUGCCUGACCUCUCGCCAUCGGCAAUGCGCCCUACUGGCCACAUCGCUCCAGCGAGCUUCCAUAAACUAGACCCGCACCAGUCGCUGAAGCCUGCUUCUGGUUGCUGGCAGCUCCACGCUCUGAUGGCCCUUAACUGCUUGUCUGGCAGCAGGAGUUCCGGCUGCUUUGGUUUCCCCUCCUCCGAUUGGAUGGCGGUGCUGUCUGUCUGCUACUGUGCCGAGGCAAGGUGUGCACUGGCACACCUAGACCAUACCUUUUUUUUUUUCCUUUUCCUUUUUUUUUUUUUUGCUUGCUAAAUAGACAAAAAUCAGGUCAGGUCAUGAUCUACGUGCCCUACAUCAGGCCUGGAGUUGCAGCCUGUGGGACAGAGAGUGCUGGGUAUCGGUUGUAGCCCUAGAGCACAGGAGCUUGGGGGUGUGUCUCAUACUCCUUACCUUUCCUCAAAAGCGAAUCAGCCUCUUUAGGUUUUUUCUUUUUUUUUUUUUUUUUUUUUUGUAGGAAAGAUGGUGCGUGAUCUCCUUUUUUGCCAUAAAAGUGGAAGCAGCUGAGAGUGAGCCCCAGGCGCUCGGUGGCCUCUGAAAGGGACUGGGUUUGAGGAGAAAUAAUGGGGUCACCAGGGGGCAAACACCUCACUGAAUUUAUGCAAAGGCUCAGCAUUUUCACUGUUACUGAACUGUUCAGAUGCUGUCACAAUCGGUUUAAUUACCAUAGUAAAUCAGUUUUCCAUCCUGGCAAAGCUGUUGAAAUGCCCCAGCGGAGUUUCUCCAAGCCCGCUUACGCAUUUGCCUGAAUAAUAGUCAUAAUGGUGGUGAUAAUAAUACAACAAUUCAACUGUGUUCUGCGAUGAACUUCUGUCCGUUUAGUCCUCAGCUUUUGGAGCUUGGACACAUUGACCUAAAACGAGUCACGAAAGGGAAAAAGGGAGCAGCUACCUGUGGCUGACUCAUGACCCCCUGACCUCGGUUGUGUUCCAGGUGCUGCUUCCUGACAUCUUUGGUUUCCUUUGUUUUUUUGUGCUUUUGGGCAGAUUUGACAGAGUUCCUCCUGCAGCCGCCUGUCUCAGGCCAUUCCCCGCCCAUCCCGCACCCUUUGCCCGUUUCUACCCGUUCUAUUAAUUUAAGGCAUCCAAACUGCCCCUGCCCUGUACUCCUCUCUGAGCGGCAUUAACCGUAUUAGUGCUUUGUUUUCGUCUGUAGGCAGUGUGCAACUUGUCGGUUUGUUACUGUUUGUUACUACUCAAGACGAGAGGAAUUGUGCCUUUUUCUUUCACUCAAUAAUUUACACAUGUUCAUUGUCAACUGGUUUUAACACAGGCUCUUUUAGUGAACUCACCUUGUACAGUGCAAGCCAAUAAAAUGUACAACAAGGAGGACUGUGCUGUC